AUGCCUAUUGUAUUAAUUGUGUUGGGAAUGGCAGGCUCUGGCAAAACUACUUUCGUUCAGAGACUAGUGUCCCAAAUGAGUAUGGAAGGCAAGAGAACUUACAAUGUAAACCUUGACCCAGCAGUCCUGGAAGUCAAGUUUCCAGCAAGUAUUGACAUAAGAGAUUCAGUUAAAUAUAAGAAUAUCAUGAAAUCCUACAAAUUAGGACCUAAUGGAGCAAUUCUAACAUGUUUGAACAUAUUUGCAGCUCAAUUCGAUUAGGUUGUCAAACUUAUUGAGGCCAAGAAGGAUGAUAUUGACUAUGUUAUUAUUGAUACUCCAGGUUAAAUAGAGGCUUUUUCUCAAUCGGCCAGUGGACAAAUUAUAACAGACUCUUUAGCCUGCACAUUUCCUUGCAUAAAUCUGUACAUUGCAGACACAGUGAGAUGUGAGAAUCCAAAUACCUUUAUGUCCAACAUGUUCUAUGCUUUGUCGAUUCUUUACAAAUCCAAGAUUCCUCUGCUCAUUUGCUUCAACAAGAUUGAUGUGCUCGAUCACUCUUUUGCUUUGGAAUGGAUGAAAGAUUUUGAGUAGUUCGAUCAAAAUCUUUCAAAAGUAGACACUUAUCUUAGUUCUCUCAGCAGAUCUCUGAGUCUAGUACUUGAAGAGUUCUAUAAAAAUAUUGAAGCAUGUGGAGUAUCAGCAGGAACUGGCAAGGGAUUUGAUAAAUUAGAAUUAAAAUUUGAGAAGUGCAAGUAAGAGUACUAUGAUGUCUUCUAUCUUGAAAUUUAGAAGAAACUCAAAGAAAAGUAAGAUGGCUAAGGAGUUGCAAUGUCAGCCUUUGAAGAUUAGCUCAAAUGA